UCUAAGGAAGGUUCCAACCCCCAUGAAAUUAUAAUUUUGGAAAAAUACGAAGGAAUUUAAAAUAAAAAUAAGUAUGCCUAGAGAGCGACUUCCAACAAUUUUUGAAAAAAAAAAAAAUGAAAUUUCAUGGGGGUCAGGACCUUUCUGGUAGCCUCCAUAUUGACGUUGUAAAAUUUUUAACGAUUCGGAAAAAAGUUUCACGAUUACCCUCGGAGUCCACUUUCGUAUCGCCUUAAUAUCCGAAGACCGCCGUGGACUCUGAAGAGCGACUCGCGUUUCCUCUCUGUAGAAAUCGGGAAAUCCACUAUAAAUUCCACCGACGAGAAAUGCUCUUCAUCGUCGGAAGCGAGAUCGAUUCCUUUUCACAGUUUUCACCGGAAUAUAGGAAACAAUGGCGAGGGUCAUUGUCGAGGAGGUCGCAAGCCCACCUGGGGGGAUUUAGAAAAGAAAAGCGUCCUUGUUUCCCUUUAGCCAGAGAAUGUCCAACCUUGAAGAAAGCUUUUAUUCGGGGACAGAGAGGAGACGAAGAGUUGGAUAAGUCGAGGGUCGUAACGCGACCCUGUGCACUUUUUAUCGGGAGAAACGUACCCGACUUUCGUACGAGAUCUUACAUAAGUAUAAAUAUAAAUAUAUAAAUAAAUAUAUAUAUAUACAUAUACAUAUUGAGGUGUAGCUAAAUGGUUAAGGCGGAGAGAAAGAGUCAUAAUUUUUUGAAGCAGCCUGUACAUUUUACCGCAUUAUUGAAGGGACGGUGUGCGUCAAGAUAUAUUCCAGGAUUUCUAGGAAGGAUCCGCAGGAUCUAAAGGACGUGGCGACGGUGAAAUAUUAACGUUUUAUCGAUUACAUGCGCCGCCACGACUAGAGGACAUUAACUGACGGAUAUGAGUAAUUGUAAUGUAACGUUGAACUUUUGAUUUUCCACGACGAUAGUUAUGUGAAUAUAUUGCUACAGUCCGAUCCAAAUAAUCAAGCUUUUGUAACGUUAAUUAUAAUAAAGUAAUAAUAUCGCUAAUAAUAUGGUAAUGUAUGUACGCGUGGCAAACGACGGCGGGAAAGUGCCGUUUAAUAUAUAUAUAUAUACAAGUAAGCGAGGGCUCUCCAAAAAUCUUUAUAAAAUUCAGCCGAAGAUAAUUCUCCCCUGAAGAUUUGUUUUUUUUCCCCGAAAUUUCAUGGCGACCCUCUCGAGCCUUAAUCUUGUCCGACUUUGCACAGGAUAAUUUUUCGAAGGGAUUAAUCCGCUGAUUAAUGAAUUAGUUAAUUUAUUAACGAAUUAAUUUUCCCUGACUUGCAAGCACCACCGCUAGGUUUUUAAUUUAUCGCCGCGAUCGCCUUUCUCGCGCCACCCAAUGUCAAUUAUCGAGGAUUAGGGGGAGGAAUUCGGAAAUUAUUCAUAGAAAUGGGAGGAAGAAAUGGAAAAGUCGAAUCUUCCGCAUUCACGCUAAGUGCCCGCGGUCUUGAGAGCCGCAGAUAAUUGAAGAGAAGAACUGGAAAAUGGGAGGAAAUGGAAAUUCCUGGGCUUGAAAGGGAGAAGUGCGGAAACAAAAUGGCCGACGGUUGCAGUCGAGGUCUUAACCGAUGUUUGAAAGAAAAAAAAGAAGAAAUGGAAAUUCCUGGGCUCGAAAAGGAGAAGUGCGGAAACAAAAUGGCCGACGGUGCAGUCGAGGUCUUAACCGAUGUUUGAAAGAAAAAAAAGAAGAGAUGGAAAAUCCUGGGCUCGAAAAGGAGAAGUGCGGAAACAAAAUGGCCGACGGUGCAGUCAAGGUCUUAACCGAUGUUUGAAAGAAAAAAAAGAAGAGAUGGAAAAUCCUGGGCUCGAAAGGGAGAAGUGCGGAAACAAAAUGGCCGACGGUGCAGUCGAGGUCUUAACCGAUGUUUGAAAGAAAAAAAAGGAGAAAUGGAAAUUCCUGGGCUCGAAAGGGAGAAGUGCGGAAACAAAAUGGCCGACGGUGCAGUCCAGUUCUUAACCGUUGUUUGAAAGAAAAAAAAAAAAUGAAAAAUUAAGAGUAAGGACAAUCGCGAGCCGAAAUUUCUAAAGAUUUUUGGUGUCACGCUCGAAUUUAGGACGAGAGCGAAAAAUGAACGCGAAGAUCGGGGGCUAAAGAGGGGUAAUAAUUAUGCUAACGAGUAAUGUUAACGACUAAUAACUAUUGAUAACUCUAUUCGGUUACUUGAUUAGCGGUAAUCCACCUCUUAGGGCGGUUUAGGGCAAAGGCAGAAAUAUUUUGACCGGGGAGGCGAGGCAAACAAUAAAAUGUCCAUGUUGCUAAUCUAGCGGAGAGGUAGAAGCGGCGUUUAGGAAACAAGUAGUCCAGUUUAGUCCUUAGAAAAGAGAGAAAUCGCGGAAAAACGCGUGCGAGAGGAAACACGUGUAGUUUUUAGAGAUAGGUUAGGCUAGGUCGUAUAAGUAGUCACGGGACUCCAUAAAGGAGUCCUUCAAGAUGUCCUGGAAGCCAUUUGCAAUUUUCACUUACACUCUCCUCGGGUUCCCCCAAUUAUUAUUUCCACGAUUAUAGAUCUUGUCACUCGAUUUUCCACUUUCAUAAGGCGAGGCUUUCCGCGUCCCGCGAGUCCAGGAAAAUGAAGAACGGAAAAGACAGUUUAUUAAUACAUAAAUUUAUGAAUUUUAUUUCGAUACCUUUCGAUCGUCCCGCGUUUCGUGAGAACAAGAUUUUCAACAUGUAAUAUCCUGGAAUUAAUUAAUCCAGAAAUCGUUCGUUUUACUUUAGCCGGAAUUAUUACUGCGGAGGAAGCGGAAGAAAAUACAGAAUCGUUGAUAAAAAAAAAAAAGAAGAAAUGAGAGAUGCGAAAUCAAGACGAGAUUGCACGUAUAGGAUGUAAGGGACGGUCAGCCGGCGUAACCUAAAUUAUUAUAAACAUUACCACCCUAUGAGUAACGAGUAUACAUAUACAUACCUCCUCUGUACAUACAUUAACAAUAAUAAUUAAUAUUACGGUAAAGGCUAACAGUAAUGGCGCAUAUUGUUUCACGAUGAUGAGCGAUUGAUCUGUGAAUAUGACGUACGAUAUUACGUGUAAUUUAAUUAUGUCCAAAGCGACGGUGCCAUGACAUAAUUAUAUUACUCCCGCGUGGUAUAAAUAUUCUAUAGAUAUAUUAAGGUGGAGAUGACAGUGCAGACGACCUCGACGAUUACUAUUAAUUACCAUUAUUACGAUUACCGUCAACACUAGGAACUCUGAUUAUCAUUAAACCGGUUACAAUUAACAUUAUCAUUGCGAAUGAAACCUUGAAAUCGUCGAUAUGACUUAGAGAUGGGAAUUUGACAGUUUCUUCGACGGCUUCCCCGGAAUCGUCCGCCAUCUUAGAUAAACGGAGGUUCAACAAAAUUCUGGAGAAAUAAUUUUUUUUAGCAUUUAAUCGUAACACUUCGCCCAUCCACGAGUGACAUAAAUGACGUGCAAAGUACAAGGAAUUCUUUUCUUGAUUUUCUAUUAAACAAGCGUCAUUUUUUAGUAGCCAUUACCCUUGAGAAUAAUCCAUGGGUUAAAUUAAUCCCGGUUUAUCCUAAAUUCCUUUGUCACUUGUGACGGAGGAACCUUUGAAAAAUGAAACGCAAUCAGCUGUCAAAGUUGUCUGGUCUCGUCGUGUCUAGCAUAAAUGACAAUGACAUGUCGGCAUCUGAACCAAUGCUCAAAGGGCGCUGUUGGUUUAAAUUAAUAAAGAAACGCUAACGAACCAUCAUUCUUACUUUACCCGUCUGUACCUAUAGGGCCUGUAAUGUAUAUGCAGUGGUGUGAGGGAAGAAUAAACAGUCAACUUGAAACACACUUUUUACAUGCAUGAUUUAUAAGCUUUAAUUUUAAUAUCAAAGGAAAUAUACCAUGUUACAUGUAAACGGGUUGCUGAUUAUUUAAAACAAUGGUUUUCAAGUACCGCCGCGAACUCGUCACUUUUCCCUAAUUUUUGUAUAAAUUUAAACAAUCACCAUAUUUCGAUCAAGAAAUCCAGACAACAUAUAAUACAUUUAAAAAAAAAAAAAAGGGAAAAUCAUCCCUGGAAUUAUUUUACAAACAAAUUCCGGCCUCGAGUCGUUUUUUUCUUCAUAGGAUGAAAUCCAGAUUUUGACACGUGUCAUAAGGUUAGUUAAAGGAUGUUGAAUGUUGAGGAGAUUUUUUUUUUAAGUCUUCGUCACCCAGGGCGUCAUUGAUAGGACCAUCGAGGAUGACCCUGAGGAAUGGGGGAGAUCCUGAAGACGUGGCUGAGGACGCGUCUAGGGGUGAUAAUAGAUCUGAACCCAGAGACAUUUGGCCAUUACACGAAAGAUGGUACCCUUUUGGCGAAGCUUCUCCACAGCUACGACAUCAUCAACGACAGUCAGUUGAAGACGAUAAUCCGGACCCAGGACCCUGCACUCUGCAGGGUGAACCUGAAGCACCUAAGGUUAUGGCUGAAGUUCAUCGGGGUGGACUGCAAGGACGACUGCAUCGAGGAGAUCUCCACCGAGAAGGGGACCACGUCUGCUCGCCUCUUCUUCAAGGUCUUCCUCUGCCUGGAGAACAAGGACCGCCUGCACUUCAUCACCCUGCAGAAGGAGCGAGAGAAGUACAUCCCCACCUCGACGAAGUUCGACGUGAGCACGGUCCAGGAAGAGGCAGAGACCGGGAGAGAAGUCCUGGAGGAUCACCCGUUCUCCAAGCCCCUCCUAGAAGGCGCCGAAACGAUCAGCUGGUACCAAUCGAAGUUACUAAAUCCUAAAAAGAAGGAGCCGAGGGUUAAGGAACCUUCUUCGAGAUGUAAAGAGGACUCCAUGAGAGGGGAAUCUAGGACUAGACCCGGGGAACGUGGACGUGGAGAUGCCGAAGAUGUGCGUGGAACUACCAGAGAGGAGAUCAGGGAGGAUGUUCCUUACGAAACGAUGUUCCCGAAAGGGUUGAAGGCUCGAUCUCGAAGAGAGGCCACGUCGAGGGAGUUGAAGACCAGGAUGCAGAAGGUCCUUCUGUCGGACUUGUGGGAGAGGCUGUUGAAGCAACAGGAGAGACACCUGGACCUUGCAGUUGCCGAAAAGGUGCUGACCCAGUCCAGGUACGAGAAGCAGCUCAUCGAGAAGCUCUGCAGGGUGCGGGAGCAAAAAGUGCGAAUUUCGCGCAAUCGGCUGAUAGUAGAAGAGCUGAUAACGAGGACGAAAGAGGGCGAAGCGGUGAUCGAGCAGGAUCGAUCGAGGGAGACCUCACUUCGGGAUGCCGAAGACGUUGAUGCGGAGUGCCGGAGGUUGUGCGAGUUGCGGAAGAUGCUGAAGACGGAGAAGAUGCGCAAGGUGAGGGAGAGACACGAGGGACUUUGCGCAGAGGUUCUGAAGGACCUGGUGGACCUAUCGCUCGAGGUCUCGAGGUAUCGAUCCCAGAACGAGAACGAGAUCCCCGAGAGCCUGUGGCGGGAGUGGAGGUCCUUGUUCCUGAAGAGCCAGCCUAUGGUCCAGCACCUGGAGAACCUGGAAGACCUGGUGGAGCAGAGGGUAUCCAACAGCAGCCUCGAAGAGAUCCAACGGAUAGAACUGGGGAGACAAAACGUCCUCGACGAGGCAGACUUCGAGAACUACCACCGGAUAAAGCCCCCCUGGGAGGCGUUUUCACCUGGACCAGAAUCUGAAGAGCGGCAAACCCUUCUCCCAGGAGAGCAGGUCCUGGGAUACGUGGUGCACACGCUUCUUCGGGUCCUGUACCCUUACCCCAAGGACCCUGAGUCUCCACCUCUUCCUAGGUUCUCCACUUCGGCUGUAGUCCUUGGUCUCAGUCCAGAGCUUCGCUCCCCUCUUCAGGGUCUCCUGGAGAAGAGCGGGAUUCUCCUGGUGAGGCUGGAAGACGCCAUCAAUUUCUGCCUCAGCAGGUACAAGGAAGAGAUGAGGGACUCCAGGUUCAUCGACCUCGAAGAGGUCGCAGAGAUGAAUAAAGGACCUGGAAGAGUCUCCGAGGUUGUUGGCUCCAAGAGGAGCGGACUCGAGAGGGGGUCAAAGAGGCUCAAAGAGAGUGCCAGGUCCAGGAUGGUACUUCCUGAAGAGGGGGGACCGAGUAAGCAGACUCAGACUCCUAGGCAGAUCCCUUUUGAUGAUCUGGAUCCCACCCUGACGGAUGCUGCAUACAUGGGGAGAUGGGCUCAUGAAUUUCUGACCUUGGGUCAGCCAGUAUCCAGCGAAUUGGGCGCCAGGGUGCUGAUGGAGUACCUGAAGAGCCUGGAGGGGGUGGAGGGCUUCGCCCUCCUGGACUACCCCAUGACCUACGAGCAAAUGUCCUGCCUUGAAUUUAGUCUCUCCGGUCUUCGAGUUCCCCCUGAAGAGGACGUUCAUUCGAUGGACGAGAACAUCGAGGACUUCGAGCCACCUUCUUCAAGGAUCUCCUUCGAGGUGGAGGACCCGGACCGCUUUGAGAACCAAAGGCAGUCUCGACUCCUGCCAAACCCGGUGCCAAGACUCGCAGGACUCGCCCCGAAAUCUCUUGUAUCGUCCUUCGUCAGGGUGCUCCCGAAACCCGAAGACGUGAGCUUCGAUGAGAGGGACCUCUUCGAGGUCCUUCCCGAAGACGCCACCGCGAUGGACGCUUUUUACGCCGGCCAGGGCACGGCGUACGUGCUGUAUUACAGUGUCCUGGACCUGCCGACCCUGAAGAGGCUCGCCAGGAUGGUGCUAGGUGAUCCAGAGUUUCCGCCGAAGCCUUCGGAGGAGAUCUUCAGAGUCCCUGAGUAUCCUUUGGGUGGAGAGACGGAGGUCCUGCGGAGCAAAAGGCCCAUCUCGAAAAGAGUCCUCCCCAGACCCGAGAGCAAGGAGUCCUUAGACGAGGUACCUGGGGAGAUGAGCCCCGAAGAGUCGCAGCGAACCCUCUCUCGAGAGGUCGAACCCGAAAGGAUCGAUCCUGGAGAUCCUGGCUGGAAGUGGGCGGCUCCUCCUUCGUCUCCCAGGUUAUUGGAGUCCUUGGCAAAAAUCUGGGAAGCCGCCGAAGAGGUCUACGUCGAGGACCUGAAGAGCAUCUUCUUCGUCAAGAGGAUCAACCACUCCACCGUGGUGCCGUACAAGGACUUCGUGAAGAAGCACAUGAAGGAGUUCGUCGAGCGCCCCGACAACAAACAGGACCUUUUGCACGAGUUCCAUGUACGGUUCAACGCCUUCCAGGAGGACGUUCGCCAGGACGAAGAGGUCAAAUGCGAGCUGCACUGCAGGGUGGGAGAGUUCCAGGACAUCCUGUGGGAGGUGUGCGACCGACGCAGAAAGGAAGCCGAAGAGGAAAGGAGAAGGAUCGUCCUGGAGAACUGGACCCUGCAGGAAGCCAUAGUCCUCGGCAACCUCUUCAUCUCCAUGGUCCAGGCAGAGCUGGACCGCCACGUGGACACCAUGCAACUGGUGCAGGACUACUACUCUUCAUCAAUGGAUCGUCCUCUCUCCCAGAACCGAUUCAAGAAGAUCCUUCUGCCCAGGAUCGACCUGCAAGAAAAGGACCCUGAAGAGAGGUCCUUGCCAGCGAGUCCUGCUAAGUCUGGGAAGGGGAAGGAAUCUCGAGGUACCAAAAAGGGCUCUUCAGGGAAGAAGGACAAGAAGAGUUCCGCUCCUGCGGGUCUGGAGAACGUCAAGGACGAGGUCCUGGAUUUGCUGAUGAGCACGGACAGGGAAGAGGAAGGACACGACCAGAAUGGAUUAUACAGGGCGGUUCAUUCCUGCGUCCAGAAGGCGAGACAUCUUGUCGAUUCCAUCGCCGAGACCCUGAAGAGCCAGCUGAAGAAGGAAGAAGCCGCUGCUGGGCAGGACUCUGCGUUUAAAGGAAAAGUUGCUUCGAAGGGGUCAGGGCGAGACCCGAAUCCUGGUCGCGAGGACGAUCUUCGGACCCUGAAGAGAAACGUGAUCCUGGAAUGGAGAACCGCAGCUAAUUUUGAGACCAAUCGGGUCCGGCUUAGACUGAAAAUUCUGGACCUGGCUUCAAGGUCGGAUUUGAACCUCCUGCUGAACACGAUGCGAGAAAUGUUCAGGGAGAUACACGAAGAGAUCACUUCGAGGUACCACAGGGAGAUGAAGAACGUCAACGAGCUGACCUCGGUCUUCUGCUUCGCCAUAGAAGAGGCCAGACCUAUCCAAGAAGAGAUGCUCCUGGACGGAGACAGGUUCAUAGUGCGAUCCAACGUCCUCAUGUUCCCAGACAAGCCCCGACCCCCAGCAGAGCCGGUCCUGGAAGAGAACCACGUCUUCAGGUUCCGCAUGGCCCAGCUGGGACGAUUGAUGGACGUCUUCAAGAACGUCGCCCCAGGUGGGAAGAUGUCCGAAAGAGCUUUCAGCUACAUCUUAAUGGACCUGGUAGCCCGAGGCCUCGAAGAGGGAGAAGUGGUCCCCCUUCCAGGAUCCUGGUACCAGCUGGACCCUGAAGACGUGGAGGUCCUGGUCCUGCGACUCUUCGGGGACGAGACUCGCCUAGACUGGAGAGACUUCGUCAUCUACGCCAUGGAACUUCCCAUGCCUUCUGCCAAUCAGAUCCUGGACGCCAGGGACGCCUUCAGGGUUGCAGACCCUGAAGAGAAGGAGCUCGUCAGCAGGGAGCAGUUCCUCUCGACUCCUCUGUGGUUCUACACCUGCUCGGAUGCUGCGGAGGUGUCCAGGUGCAUUUUGCACGGGGAGUUUCAGAGGGACUCGCAGGAUUUAUACCCUGAAGAGGUGGGACCCGAAGAGGGCGAAGGACUCUCCCGGGUUGUCGGCUUGGACUCGGAGGUCCUGCAAAGGCUGGCAAGACGAUUGAGAUGCGACGAAGACGCGGCUCUUCGGGAAGUCCUGAGACUCCUGCUCGCCAAGGAGGUCCUCUGCGACAUGUACUCCGUAGAUGGGAACUUCGUCAACUAUACCGAGGUCCUGCUCGCCUUCUGCAAGGACGACGACCCGAAGAGAGGCCUCGGGAAGGCCUUCUCCUUGGCCCUGGGGAAUCCUCUCUGCACGGAUGACGAAGAGGGUGAGAGGUACGUCGAGAGGCUCCUCCUGGAGAAGCGACUCCUCGCCGAAGUCGAGGCCUGCAGGAAUCGCCUACACGAAGAGGCGCUUGAGGUAUCCCUGAAGAGUGUCGGCGGAGCCAUCGUCGAGCAGAUCGUCGAAGCCGUUGUCCAGGAAGUCGAGGGCCUUCUGCUGAAGGAGCUGGAUAAGUUGAGGUUGGAGCCGGACUUCGGGUACAAGAGACCGAUUUUAAUCCAGAGCCUUGACGAGCCCAGGGUGGUGGAUCCUGCGGAAUUACUUGCGGACCAGGAUGUAGGUAUUCCCGAAGAAGUCUCCGGUGGAGACCUCGAAGAGUCGUCGCUUUCGGUCGAGCCAGAGUCUACUUCGUCGAUGUCUUCGACAGAAAUUGAAGCCAGCAGGUCUCUUCAGCAUGUGGAGACGCAACGAGACUCGGUCUUCUGGAUCCAUCGAAAGAUCUGCAUAGCCGUCUUGGCGACCUUGUUGCCUCACCUCGCCGUGCAGGACUACUUCCAGUCAUCGAGGACUCUCCGAGGACAAAUCGACCUGGUGUACCAAGACCUCAAGGACGAAGAGCUGAACGAUGACGAAGACCUCGUCUUGUCUCAUCGCCUGGUUAACCACAGUUUUAUUAAACAAUUACUCGCAAACACUGGGAAGUUCGGCAACAAGAACAUCGGCGGUAUCCUUCGAGAAGUCCUGCAACAGAAGGAGAGGACGAAGAGGACGCUUGAGACCUGAAGAGCGAAGAGCACAUAAAUUGCGUACCUGAAGUACACACAUACACUUCGAGUAUCGCGAGGGAAUAAACCCGAGACUCGUGUAACUUCCUUCUCGAGUAGUAUAAUUUAUUGUUCCAUUACAUCGUAAAUGUAAGUUUACGAAGACUCGUCCCGGAGGACAUUGCGCGUCUUUUUCGUGGUUUCUCAGAAAUCCCGGAAAUCCCCAAUCACGUACAAUGGCGGACAUAAACGCCACAAUUAAAUGGAAAGAAACACCAUGAAGUAGUUAAACUCCCAUUCCAUAGGUUGUUUAAACAUCUAAUAAACGCUGGUGGUCAUCAUGUAUCUUCUAAAUGACGCGACGGUUGUAAUUUUUUAAUAGCGUUGGAUUUAACCGCAAAAGUCGCUUACAUGGAGACAAAGUACAAAGUGGUUUUCAUUUAUUAAUCCAAAAUGUUAAGUUUUCCGUGAUUAUCACGUAUCCUUUAAGUUUAACUCCCCUUGUGGAAGCCUAAUAGUGUCGAACUCUUCCGCGAGAGUCGCUAGUGUUAUUGUCGCUCGCAGGUAACCAAAGUGUAGGGUAACUUUAAUAUGGAUUUAGGAGGAAAAGCGUUCAUAUCCGCCAUUGUACGUGGUAAUACUCUCGUAGGAAUACGUGUAUACGUCGAAUUAUCGAUUAGCAUGCACGUGCCUGAAGGGUUAUCCGUAAUCUCGCAAUAAACUCCGCAGUAAACCGCAAUAUCGGUGUCUCUACCGAUUGGUUUGUAAUGGCCGCUCGAAAGCCGAAGGUCUGCCACCGAGAGGGACGUUUUUCCCGCGGAAAGUAAUAAAUAAUAAACCCCGAUCAGUGCCGAUAAGUCGAACGAAAUCCCGACCGAGGGUCACGCGUGUCACGAGGUGCAUCGCGAGAGCAUUUAGCGACACUUGCGUGUCAUUUAAUCAGUGAUAACAGGACCUCUCGGCAGAUACCUCCCCAAGAUACCGCCGUGCAUGUCUUUAGCAUCGUUGCACUCAUUACUGCACUUGUUCAACAUGCACGAUGUCAUUUUCAAGGGUGCACCGUCGAGUACUCUGGGUUUCAUUUCCUCGUGUAAUGGACCUUAAGGUGAAGUGAAACACGUCGAGGAACUUGAUCAACGUCGAUAAAGGAGAUUUUUCUAAAUGCCUACGUUGCCGACAUUGGUUUUUAUAUUUACAGCUGUGUCGAAUUACAUUGAAU